AUGCUGGAGGCACCGCCUCACGGGCACGCCAAGCAGUCUCCGACAAUUCCCGAGUCCUCCCUGCCGGACACGUUCGACUGGAGCGACGUGGAUGGGAGGAGCUACCUGCUGCCGAGCUGGAACCAGCACAUCCCCACAUACUGCGGCUCCUGCUACGUGCACGCGGCUCUAUCGGUGGUCCAGGACCGCAUCAAGGUUGCAAAGGGGGGGCGACCUCCAGACGUCAUGCUCGCCAGGCAGUCGUUUAUCAAUUGCGGAGAAGCUCACGGGUUCGGCAAGGGUUGUGGAGGGGGGAACGCACCUGACGUGUACAACUUCAUGCAUGAGGUGGGCCUGCCCGAUGAAACCUGCAACGCCUACGUUGCGAAGGAGUCCGACACGUGCGAUGCUGAAGCCAUGUGCAAGAACUGCAUGGUUCAGGCUGACGGCAGCCACGAGUGCUGGGCCGUGGAGCGACAGAGCCGGUACUACGUGACGGAGUGGGGCACGAUAGAGGGGGGGGAGGAGGCCAUGAUGAGCGAGAUCUUUUCUCGCGGACCAAUCGGAUGCGCCUUGUUCAGCGACGACGCAUUCGACUACGAUUAUGAGGGAGGAGUUCACACCGCCCAGGUCACCGGGAACCUGACCGUGGCUGACGUCAACCAUGACGUGGAGGUGACCGGGUGGGGCGUCACGAACGACGGCGUGAAGUUCUGGCAGGCGAGAAACUCGUGGGGGACCUUCUGGGGAGAGCAGGGUUUCUUCAAGAUCCAGCGAGGAGUGAACCUGAACUUCAUCGAGUCGGAGUGCUACUUUCCAGUCCCUGAAUACGGCGACGAGAGCCUCCUGGCCGACGGCGACCUGACCGGGAGUUUGCAUGGUCUGGUGCCCAAGGGCGACAAGGCAUCCGCGGAGGGGGUCUUCUUCCGACAGCAGCUCGCCAAGCUCGACUGGACUGCUCUCAAGACCCCGCCGAUUCUUCUCGCCGCGGAUGCUCUCCGUGAUGGGUGGAAGAACGCUCGCACGUGGUCGCUGUCGUCAAGAAUGGGGCGUGUGAGGCAUGUUCAACCUGGGACUUGA